AUGUCUGAUUCUUCCUCCAUCCAUGACUCUCCACCGUCUCCGGCAAUCAACGUCGGCGAUUCAGAAACCACCGUCGCCAACGAUUCGGAUUCCAACGCGAAAUGUCAAACAGCGAUACAAUCACUAUCCUCAAUCGUCACAACAACAGAUAUCCCUUCCUCAAUCUCUCUCCUCCUCGACGACGACUCCGUCUCCGCCGCGAUAUCAACUCUCCUCCUCCGUCCAGAUUCAGGCUCCGGCGAUAACAACCUCUGCCGUUGGCUUUACGACACAUUCCAAUCCUCUGAACAAUCUCUCCAGCUUCUCGUCCUCCGUUUCGUCCCCAUGAUCGCUGGUCUCUACCUCUCUCGUGUACCUCUCCGGCAACCACAAGCCGGAUUCGAAGCCGUGUUACUCGCUCUCUACGCUCACGAAACAACCUCACGCGCCGGUCAAGCACUAACCGUCAACAUUCCUGAUCUCUCACACCCAAGCAUUUACCACGAAUCCAAAGGUCCAACGAAGAACAACUCGACGUGUCUCAACAUCGCCGUGAUCUCCUCCACGUUAGAUCCACACGGGACGGUUAGAUCCACGCGACGAGCGAGGAUCGUCGGAGUCGCGUUGGAGCUUUACUGUAGCAAAAUCUCGAGAAUGCCACGCGAAUCGAAGCUCAAUUUCUGCGAAUCUUGCGAGAAAUGGGCAGGGCAAAACGGAGAAACAGAGCAAUCACGAGCUGUGAUUCCUACGUUGAGCGAUGAUUCGUGGAGAGAAGAAGAGAAUGUUGCCAUGGGAGGAAGAUCUGAGAGAGAUAGCGGAAGGAUUCCGUUGCCGUGGGAGCUUUUGCAUCCGAUACUAAGGAUCUUAGGGCAUUGUUUAUUGGGAAAAAAAGAUACAGAAGUAUCGGAGGCGGCGAAUAAAGCUUGUCAGAGUUUGUAUCUCCGAUCACUUCAUGAUAUAAAUCCGAAGGCGAUUUUGGCUACCGGAAGUCUUCUCCGGCUCCGGGAGAUGGCUCUUGAUCCUAAAAACCAGGUCGAUCACACUGACAUAUCAAACGACGCCGUUCUCUCUGUUUGA